AUGAACCUCUCAGAUCACAUUUCGUCCCUCUUCAGCUGCAAUGUCAGCCACGGCGAGCCGCCACAGCUAUAUAUUAGUGUCACCAAAAGGGAGCCGCUGACAAUUGCUGUCCCCAUGACCAUCUUCUACAGCAUUAUCUUCUUCUUUGGACUGGCAUUCAAUGGUGUGAGCAUCCUGACCCUCCUAAUGGAUCCUCACAUGAGAGUCCGUGCCAUUCGUUUCUACCUUAUCAGCCUCGUCAUAUCAGACAUUCUUCAGCUGUUGACCAUCCCUAUCACUCUGUAUCGGUACUACUGGGAGAACUACCCAUGGCGCCUGGGCUCGACAGUGUGCAAAGUCUACUUCAUGAUCCGCCAAGUGUACUGUGCCACCACAAGCGGGGUUAUCAUGAUCUUCGCCAUAGAGCGCUAUGCAGCCAUUUGCCACACCAUGUGGGCCGUCUCUAACAAGAAGAAGUCUCGGCUGCCAUGCCUUCUUUCAGUAUGGAUAAUUUCUCUGGUCUCAGCCGUUCCCUUUGCUCUGGUCUAUGACCAGGCUCGUGCCUGCAUCUUGGACUACACUGCCGCCACGCGAGAAGAGGCCAUCCAUGUGUCCACUAUGUGUGAGAUGAUCGAGCCUGAUCCUGCAUACAUCUACAAAGGAGCUUUACUUCUGAGAGCAGUAAUCUUCUUUCUGAUCCCACUGGUCUCCAUCUGUACUCUUUAUCUGUUAAUCCUGCUCUAUCUGAGGCGGAACGGACUUCAGAGGAGAAACAUGGGUCUCACUCGGCCAGUUCCAGAAGGAAGACGAGACAUCCAGUGCCAUCAGAAUGGAAAGCUACUUUUGAAUGAGAAGAGGGCUCUAAAACUAAUGGGUGCAGUUGUGGUGGCCUUUUUUGUUUGCAACUUUCCGGACAUUGCCUCGUCGCUGAUGCAGGUCUACAUAGUCGUGUGGACGGAAACUGUUCAUUCUGUCUACACAAUCUUGAAAACGUACUUGUCGCUUCCACUGUGGUAUAUAAACGGUACUCUGGACCCGCUGCUGUUCUGUAUUUCCUCCCACACAUUUCGCAGGGCCUGCUGGAGAACAUUGGGUAGGCUCGGGCCUCGCUGCUACUUUAAGUAUGGAAGUUUUUUUGGGCGGCGGCAAAGAAGUUCGAGUGAAGAAGCAAGCACUACAGCCAGAGAGAGGAUGGAUGCUAAAAGCCGUAGAGAGAAGAUGGACAAAAAGACAGUUACAGUCACUUACAAAUCAGUUCAGAGGAACGGCCCCAUUCAACCAGAGCUGCAACAACAAGCACUCUGA